AGAGUGAGAGAGAGAGAGAGAGUGAGACAGAGAGAGAGAGAGAGGGGGGAAGGACACAGAAUGGCGACCGUGCAGUGCUCCAAAUGCACGGCAGAAAAGAGAGGGUUUCGGCGGGAACUUGAUUCUUGGCGACACAAAUUGAUUCACUGCGUUGGGUUUGAAAGCAUUCUGGAGGGAAUCUAUGGCCCGAUGCUGCUGAGCGACCUCCAUUUAUUUGAUGACUGUGAACCUGAAGAAGUGGAUGACUGGUCUCCAGAAGCAAGCUGCUCUCAGUGUUCAUUCUGCAGCCUUCCCCUAGACAAACUCAGUGAUCAAGUACCUGCAGCCACAUCGCCCCUCUCCUCCCCCUCUGAUUACUCUCCCUGUCAAGCUCCAACCAUCUCUGAGAGCAGCCAAUCAGCGCACAGGUUCCUCCAAGCUGUGUUUCAUAAGAAAGAUGUGCCCCUGGGCUGUGAUUCCAACAUCCCACUGGUAGCCCAGGAACUGAUGAAGAUGAUGAUACAUCAGUUUGCCAUGGAGUACGCAACCAAGUGCCUACUCCACACCAGUACAAAUGUUGUUAUAACAAGGACCUCAUCACCGUUGUCAGAAACGUCAGAUGCCCCUCUGGACCUCACAGUGAGCCGAACCGAGGAGGAGAAAGAGAGUGAAUGUGAACCAGCAGGCGCAGGGCCCCGAGCAGAUCUGACCACCCGAGCACAUCUGGUACCUACACCAGCGCCGCUCCCCGCCCCAUCUUCCUGGCCUGAAAACCUCCAAUGCUCGAGUAGAGAUGGCGUGCUUGACCUCUCCAACAGGAACUCUAACUGCUCAGUAACUUCAUCAACAUCCUCAUCACAUCACAAAGCCUCAGGCAAUUUAUUAUCGAAACAAUUGGAAGAUCUGGGACAGCGAGGGACUAAGUGUCGUCAGAGGUCUGUUUUGGAUGUGGUUCUCGGCUCACUCUGCCUAUCACACCGUUCCUUACUCUACCAGAUCCUGAAGCUGGCACACCAGGAAGAAUUGCUGUUGUUCCUUAAUCACAGACCUUUAGGUCAAACUGAAUCUCACUGCUGUCACUGUAGUGUAAACCCAAAGGAUAAUGUUAUCCCUAAUGCAGUCCCAUUUAGUGAAUGUAAAGCCCAUAACAGCAGCCCAUACUACCCCUUAACUGAUUGUGAUCAUCAACGUCACGGCAGCACAAUAUAUCAUCCAGGAGACUGCAAGUCCAGUUGUAGAAUCCAUCACUUCCCUUUAACUGACUGUAAAAGUGAAACUCCUCUGGGCUCAAGCUACAGCUGUGUGCAAAUGUGCAGGAUGGGAACCUACACUGUUCUUUGCCCCAAGAGGCUACACUGCAUUUCCUGCCAAAGCCUGGCUGUAGGUCGAAUCAACAAAAUAGUGUGUUCAUUUGCAUCCUCCCCUUCGUUACCUAAAUCCCCUUCACUUUGCACUCCCUCCUCUAGUUUAUGCCCUUCCUCAUCGAUCUGCUGUAACCAACACAACCCCCACUCUUGUCCCUGUUACUCAAACCAUGCUUGUCUGACGCAGGUCAGGAACACAAUAGAAAAGGGCGUUGGAGAUGGGGAUCCUCCUUGUCCUGUCCUGAAGAGAGAGCAGAGCCCCUCUCCUCCCCCUCUGUCCCCUAUCCCCGCAGACAUUGGUAAAACUGACGAAAAGCCACCCUCCCUCCUUCACCAUAGACAAGAGGAGGAAGCUGACCUAAUGGUUAAAGAUUGUUUUGUGAAUGCAAGCCCCCAGGAAGCAGAUCCUGAUACAGCUACAGAGGAGGAACAAGAGAGUCGAACACCAAGAAGAAGUCAGUCUGAGCAGAACCCGAGUGGGACUUUACUCCAGGACGUUGUGAAUCGCUUCAGUGAGAAACUGGAGACAAUUAGACCUAUAGAGAAGGAUCCACCUCUGGUUUCCACAGCCAUUAAUUUCUCUGAAAAGGAGUGGCCACAGUCUCCCUCAACCAGUCAGAACCUACAGUUUCAUGCUGAUGCCCAUCUGACUGAAAUCAUCACCACAGUGCUUCACACAGGUAGUGCUAGUGACUACAAUCUCAGUGAGCUGUUCAAUCGCCAUGAUAGCAAAGAACCCAAGUCACCCAAUACCCGUUCCCGUCGUCGCCAAGAAGUCCUUACUGCUAUGGCAACACCCGCCGAUGAUGCUUCAACCAGAAGGCAUACUUUACAGAUUAAACGAGAGCUUGCCAUGUUUGACCAGUCCUACAAUAGGAGAAAGGUGCCGCUAGCAAAGAGAGCAAGAUUGAAUAAUGGAAAUCUCACUGCAUCACACACUUCAUCAGAUUCAAACCUAAUUAAAGAGGAGUCUAAAAAAGAAAUGGCGGUGGGUGUCGAACCUGUAGAGAAUCACAGACUUAGGGAGGGACCACUGAACAUUCUCACUGUAGAAAAUGGCAGGGAUGAAGUGAAAGAAGAUAUACAAACAGUUAUAGUAACAGACGAAGUUCAGAACAUUAAAACAGAGGAGAAAGAAAGGGAAAUAUCCAGUGAGGAGAAAGAUCCUACUCUCUCAGGCACUGAAGUGACCAACACCCCUGACCUGCAGAGCAAGUAUGGAGAACAAGGCGCAAUCGGUGACUGUGUACAAACACAGAUGACGACUGUGACUGCAACCUCAGCAACCUUUAAAGAAGAUGGUAUGGGUAGUGGCGGCGCUGGAAGUGAUAGGAGCCAUGAAGAAGCCCCAUCAGGUCAAAGCUCUGAUAGUGACAAUAUACUAAGCAAAGGUAAAGAUUGCCAUAUUAGAGGGAGGCAGAAAUGUCAGUCACACCAAUCCAAGGAGGCAAGGAAAUCCAGGAGAAAUAUAGUGCGUCCACAGCGGUUCUCCUCCUAUGUCACAGAGCCCAGGAAGAUGUUCUUUGUUGCAUGUUUCUCUGAUAGCAUUUUUAACCAGAAAACACGAAAGGACAAGGCUUUGACAACUAGCACCCUGGAUGCCUUAUCCAAAGAUCCAGAUUCUAAGGACACCCAACUUGAAUCAAGAAGGGAAGCCCCUCUGUCCUCACCUGAGCCUACAUGGAAGCUUGCGUUUGAAUCAAAACAUAGAGGACAAUGUGAACCAUCUAACAAAGAGUCAAAAGGUCUUUCCCCAAACCAGGUCAUUCCACAAACUGUGGCUGCCAAAGAGAAGAGUCCUACAAAAGCUAGCUCAAAUAAAAGAACAGAUGGCACCGAAUGUGCUGCCAAACUUUUUGGAAGGCUACGAUCCUCUCCAAAAAGACUACAUGACUCGCAGACAAUUUCAAGAACUCUCAAAAACCCAUCAAAUACAGACGUCACCAUUAAGUCUGCUACCUGUGUUGAGAGCCCCCCCAACUCCCAAAUCCAGUACACUAGUCCAAUUAAGCUCAUGUUUGUAUCACCAGUAAAGGAUAAGGAAGGAGUCAAAUAUAGUCUCAAAUCCGCAGGCUUUGGUUCGAGUGGCCAUGCAGAGGAACCCUUUGACCCAUGUGAAGAGUCGUCAUGGUCAGGGACACUUCAGAAACUCAAAAGCCAGAGCACUGAGCCAGCUAAUUCACAAGUUAAAUAUAAUUCGUCACCACUAAAGUCUGCUACCUCACCUGCAAGAGCUGCUUCUUCACCAUCCAAGUCAUCUUCUUCACCAUCCAAGUCUUCUUCCUCACCACCCAAGUCGUUGUCUUCACCAGCCAAGUCUGGCGUCUCAAGACCCAGGUCUGCUUCUUCACCAGCCAAGUCUGCUUCUUCACCAGCCAGGUCAGCCUCCUCAAGACCCAAGUCUGCUUCUUCACCAACCAAGUCUGCUUCUUCACCAGCCAGGUCGGCCUCCUCAAGACCCAAGUCUGCUUCUUCACCAGCCAAGUCUGCUUCUUCACCAGCCAAGUCUGCUUCUUCACCAGCCAAGUCGGCCUCCUCAAGACCCAAGUCUGCCUCUUCCCCAAAGUCAGCUUCUUCAUCACCUAAAAUGAGUUGUAGAAGAUCAGGCGAAGGUACGCCUACUAAACGUGUAGUUGGAACUGAGAGUCAGAGAUCACCAGGUGACUUGCUAUCUUUCCAUGAAAGCAGUCCUCCAAAAAGGCGUCCGGGUCGACCAAAGAAGCUGGGACCACAGCUGGAGCAAAAAGUGAAGAGGCCAAUUGGUCGACCACGCAAGCAGAAGGCUGUGGAUUUAGAAAUGGGGGCGAAAAUGGAAAAUGGAAAAUCUAUAUUACCAUCUGACGUUGAGGAGAAUGUAAACAAGAAUCUGAAAAUAACAGUGGUGUAUGGCCGUUCAAGGAGAAACAAACGAACGGUGUCUGAGGGCUUUGACCAGUUGCAAACAGAAUUCCAUGAUGCUUGGCAAGCAGUGGGCCUAAAAAGUGACUUUGGCUUCUUAAUGCACAACUCUAGAAGCAGCUCAGGUAGUAUCAAAACACCCUCAACAGAAUUGUCAGAGGAACUACAUUUUGUCAGCCCCGUGAAAGAGUCAGCUCCUCAAUCUAGCAGUAACAUCAAAUGUCAGAAGCAGGAUGAUUCUGUGCCCUCAAGGAAACCAGGCAGACCUGCAAAAGUUAAAAUCUCUGGAAUCUCAGUUACAGUAACCACAGUAUCACCUAGGCAACGUAAAAUUCAGAUAAAUAAGGAGACUCUGCAGUCUCCUGAAACACAAAUUCAUAAGAAAGUACUUCUACCAGAAUUCAAGUCUGCCAAAGAGCCCUUGACAAUCACUCGUCAGUCAACAAGCAAAAGCAGUGGCACAGAGGAAGGGACAGAAACAAAGCAUGAAAGUCAAGACAGUUUGCCAAAUCAGCAUGUUGGAGUGCGUCACUCAAUGAGAGUGAGAAAGCCUUCAAUCCACUUUCUGCAUGCCGUUGCCACCUCCACCUCCAGAUCAUACAGCCACAGUAAUGCUCUGCUACGGCGGUCUAAACAACUUCUGCUUAACAAGGCUAGCAAUGAAAGGAAACAGAGGGAGCAACAGAAUAGUGCAGAAACUUCAGGAGAGAAACGAAAGCUCAAUGGACAAGAGAGGAAGAACAUCUCUCAGGACCUAAGCAGAGUGGCGGGGGUGUCUGUAGACUCAAUCUUUAGCCCAAAAGAGACCCUAAGGUGGUGGGCAGCAUCAGCUGAGGAAAAUACUAUGAACCAAGAGUUUGCCAGGCGAAUACGACUCAUCUCUGACACCUGGGUUUCAGACACAGUGGAGAACCAAGCAAAAGAAAUUGCCUUUAAUUCUAAACUAGGCAAAGGCAACAGUUCAUUUAACAGGAAGUCAAAACAUUCCUCUGUUGUUCGAACACUGUUUGACUGUCCUCCUAACAAACCAAGUUCUUGUAGCAUGCAACAGCUCUGUUCCUGGUUUAUGCAGACCACAGAGACACAGUCUCUGGCUAUUGUCAAGAAGGCAAGCUCCCGUAAUCCUUAUGAACUUCUGCACUUCCCUCGUUCUGCCAAUCAAAAAAGUGUUUGCCACAGUCCUCAGGCAGAGCGACUCCGCAAACACAUCAAGAAAUUUGCCAAAACUGUGCCAAAAAGUCCUCUGCAACAUCAGCAGGCUCAAAGACGGUUGAAGAAGAAGAACAUGGCACAUUUAUCAACACAUAAUAUUAGGCGACGACUUUUCACUCCCAGAUUUGCAACAGCCAUGCUCAGUCAGGGAGACCAAUGGAGGAGAAGCAGAGCAUUUGGUGAAUACCAGGCCACUUUAUGUAGAGCAAGGACAAGGUUCCUAACCCGGGAAGAAAGGAAGAGGGGGCAAAAGAGGCAGAGGACUAAAAAAAACAUAAAAGUAACUACAAGUUGUUCAAAUGGAUAUGUAGUGACUGGACUACAACCAAAAGUUAAAGCAUUACGCAGAUCAGCAAAAGAUCAGUUAUCUGAGUGUUUGGAGAACAGUUCUGCCACCAGUUCUGUUGAUCAAACUCGGGAGCCUGUGGAUGUAGCCAAAGAGCAGAACCUCUGCUCUAAAGCCUGGAGUCCUGAGACACUGAAGGAAUGCCGGGUGUUUCUGAGGAAGAUCAACUCUCCAGACAAUGAAUCAACUGAGGAAGAAUGGGACUCCUGUACUGUGACACUGGAUGAUGGGUCACCUUCAGCAUACCUCUUUGCUGGAAAGGAGAGAGAACUAGUAGGAGUUGGUAAAGCUGUGAAAACUGAAAGAAAAAGGAGUGUGAACAGGACUGCCUCAAGAGAGAUAGCAGGUUCUGCACCUAAAGCAGUCCAGGAGCAGGGCGAGAUGCCAGUGGGGAGGCAGAAAGGCAAAUACAAAAGUCCUGGGGUUGUGUCUACUGAACCACCGCAACCACCACCAACGAAGAUGUUGAGACAAUCGCGAAUGAGGGGCCUAACCGGGCCGAGAUGGUGCGACUUUGUGUUUGAAAACUAAACAAAGCAUGAGGCCUCCUCCUAACGGAAAGGGACUGUGGUUUAACAUGGUGCCUUUGGACAUUGAGCUGACCAUGUAGACUGACCAUCCCACUAUGGUUUAGUCUCACACUCAGCAAUUAUGUAGCAGUCUAACUUAACAAAAGCUUGAUGUUGCACUAUUUUUAUCCAUGGAUAUGUUUGUACAGAAUGUUGUUUUUUUUAAUUUUUUUUUUAUUGUCAACUUGCCUUUGUCUUUUCUGAACAUGUAUAGUAGAUCAAAUCAUUACAUCAGAGUUUUAAUGAGACAAGUGCUUAUACAGUGAGCCCUGUCAGGGUGGCUGUAUUGGAAGGAAAGACAAAGCUUGACUGCAUAAAGACCGUGCCAUCUCUCCAGGGACAUACCUCAUUAUCAAGGCCACCACUUCUUUCACACAGUGACCUUGUCCUAUAAAUUUUAACGUGAAACCUUUAACAAUUUUUAAUAUUUUAAGUCAUUGCCUCCACCAUAAAAAUGUACAGCUGUAAAUCCCCCACUCCCCAAAUUAUUUUUAUUUAUAGUCACCCUUAUCUUGGCACUGUUUCAGUUGAUAAUUACUAAUUUAAUUUUUUUUGUAUUUUAUAUUCGAUAGAAGUAUAUUUAAAUUUAAUUUUGAUCCAGCCGUUUGCAAUAUUUUUCUUUGAUGCUUCAUAGGGCUGUACAGAAGCUUUUCUCUUAAUCUUGACAUUCAAAUUCUAAAUCAACAUUUGAAUGCUGAGCAGUUUUGGUCCCCCCCCCCCCAUCUCAAUUCAAUCGGCAGCAUGCAGUGUGUGAGGUCGGGACUAUAAAAACGUAGCGACCAGGUUACACAGCUGUCGCCGUCUCUCUCUGUUCUGUUAGGUCUGUGUUGUGUGACUGUCUGACCGAGGGUGGGGCUGAGCUACACACACGUACAGUGGACAGGAUGAAGCAUGGCUUCACCUGCAUGCAUUCACACAAAAUCUGGCAAUAUGGCUCUUUUCAUACAGGAUUUUACAGAGUUGUGGCAGUGUUUAUUUGUGCGUUACAACGUAACUACCGUGAAGCAAUCACAAAGUAACUUUUCAUUUCUCUGAUUCACUGCUUUUCACGCGCUAAUGCCGCUCACUUUUUCUUAUUAGUGUGAUGACGAAAUAACACAUGAUGCCAGACAUUCGAAGCUUCAUUCAAGAACCUCAGUAGAAGCUUCAAAUGUGAAAAACAAAAAGACCAUAGGGACAGCUCUAAUGCUUCAGUCACUGUUUGCAAGUCAGUCACCCAAAGAAGUGGUUCAAAUGAAGGGACCUUUCGUUUCAACCAAGCCCCAUCUUUACCCCAACCACUGUCUGUGUGGGCCCAAACUUAUAAAUUGUGUAUUGAACUAUAGUAAUUGACCAUCAGCCUGACCUAAAACCAAAUAUGUUUUUCAUUAUUUCUUAUACAGUAUUUUUCAAAUAUUUGCAUGUCUUGGCACCAAACUGCAAUUAGUACAAAUGUUCUAAAUUACUAAAUAUUCAGUCCCAGACACCCCACAAAAUGUAGAGGUAUAUGUGAACUGAUGAGAAAAUGGCAUUAUGCAGUGGUAGAAAGUAGAUUCUGAUUCAUUUGUUAGUUUGUGGGAUCUGUCUUAUUUUAAUUCAGUUAUCUUUAUGUGUCUGUCGUUUUCUUUUCACCCAAAGCAUAUGCUGUAAAUUGGUGUCAGAUCUACUUCUUGCACUAUUCCAUCUGAGAUUAUAAAUCCCACUACAGAUUCCUCCCCCAUAUUUUGCACAUCCCAUGUCCCACUACCAAACCCUACUGUAAAACUAGAGAAUAUAUUUGGUGCAAUACAAACCCAGAUGAUAUAUCAGUAUGUAGUAAUUAUUUUAUUGCUGACAGACGAAUGGAUGUACACAAGUACCAAUGGCCUGGGAUGUUAGUUCAGCUGUUUCCAUCUUAAAGGAUAUUUCUAUACAAACUGUCAGAUUGAUUUUUCCCACCUGCUUUGUUCUCCUCAGUGAAGCAGAAAAAAACAAAUCCAUAAUUAAUAUAGCAUUAAUUUUAUCAAAUGUACUAGCAUUAUUUACUGUUUAAAUGCAGGUGGGAAAUGUGUUGCUGUUAAGGUUUGUUUUUCCCGCAAGUUGCAGCAAGAGACUGCUACCUCCGCUGGGGCUUAACUAGGCCUACUGCUCUUUUGCUUGUCAACAGUGUGAUAGACAAGGCCAGACAGAUGAUCAGUAAACACUAAUCUCGGAUCAAUAUCAUGUUUUCCUGCCCUCUAAAGAUCCAAGAUGUCUGGCUGUAGGUCAAAACUUGUAGUGUGUAUUGUGUAUCUGACAUCCCCUUGUAUGUAUGUCACUAUGGUUGCUGUUUCAACAUGAUGGUGGUGGCUCAGUCUUGUGAUAAAUAACCAUCAGCCCCCUGUUGAAGAACCUGGUGCUAAACAUCUGUUGUAUAUUUUCUUUAUCAUGUGUUUUUAUACUGUCCAUUACAGAUGCAACAAAGGUGUCUGUGAUUGGAACAAUAAAGAGUCUUUUGAAAGAA